AUGUUUUUUUGGUCAAGGAGGAAGAAGAAGAAACAAAAGAAGAUCAAUUUCCACAAGAACGGAAGCUUAUUGCUUGAGGAACUCAUAUCAUCUUCAGGAGGUAAAUACAAUCCCAUCCGAACAUUUUCUUGCAGCGAAAUACUUGAAGCUACAAACAACUUCCACUGGAGAUACGAAAUAUUCCGAGGAAGAUUCGUGUGGUACAAAGGCACGGUUGAAAACAGAGCCGUGCUGAUCAAGAACUGCACAGAGGAACCCUUUGGCAUUGAAAACUUCUACCGUGACAUAGCAGUCUCGUCGAUGAUGAGCAGCCACAAGAACGUUCUCAAGCUUUUAGGGUGUUGCCUGGAGUUUCCUCGUCCGGUUCUCGUGUGUGACUACCCGGAAAACGGUGCUCUCACCUCACCCUACAUGAGUGCAGGGGAAGGCAUCAAGCCAUUGGCUUGGAAUGCGAGAUUGAAGAUUGCCAAGGAGAUCGCGGAUGCUGUAACGCAUCUUCAUACUGCAUUCCCUAGGACUAUCAUCCACAGGGAUUUAAAGCCUUCAGUCAUUUUCUUGGACGAGAACUUGAGUGCUAAGCUCUCUUCUUUCAGCCUCAGUAUACCGAUUCCGGAGGGAGAGUCAGGCGUAGAAGGCAUGAUUUGCGGGACAAACGGCUACGUCGAGCCGGAAUAUUGCGCGACAGGUUUCGUCACUGAGAAUGUUGACGUCUAUAACCUUGGAUUCAUCAUGCUAAGUCUUUUGACAGGAAAGUCUGGAUUCACCCGAGAUGAUGAUGAUGCUAACGACUUUGUCCUAUUGCAUUCUUAUGUUGACAAGCUUCUGGGGCAAGGACUCUUCACCAAACUGAUAGACCCAUCGAUGUUAAACAGCGCGGAUGGCGACGUUCCUGAUCAUUCAAGACUGCAGAUGGAAGCAUUUGCUAAACUUGCUUUGAGAUGUGUUGGAUUCGUACCUGGAGAAAACAAGCCUCGCAUGAUAGAUGUUGCAAAGGAACUCAAGCAUAUAGAGAAGCAGACCUGA